AUGUUUGUCAUUAUUCAGCAGAUCUGUGCCACCUCGCUGGCGCCUGGUAACAUGACACCAACGGUCCUCAUGGAGUUUGCGCCGCAGAGGCAGAUUAAACGGAGCUAUGAUGAAAUGGCCUACCGAGGUGUGCCCCGUGGGUAUGCAGAGACUGUUGGCGAGUCAGGCAGCCCUGUUCGUGUUGACUCGCAAGAUUCGUCUGCGCCAAAACGCAAGUGCAUCAGCCUUAACAGUGAUGGCUUUGGAGUGAAGCGGGAGAUUUUUGUCCCCUCUAAGAUGUCAUCGUCUGAGCGGCGGUACCUUCGCAAGAGAUUCCGCUCAGAGCUUGAUUCGGUCCGGGAUCUCCUUAAGAAGCCAGAGUUUUUGGCCAUAAUGCCUGCUAGCAGGGCACCUGCGUACUCAUCCUCUGCUGCCCCUCGAGCUAAAAAAGUGAAAGGGGGGAGCCAUGUUCUCCGUGGUGCCAAGGGGCGCUUCUUGCCUACAAAGCCCCGGCCUGAAACAUCCAUGGUGUUGCCCAAAGCUACGAUUCUGCAGAUGUGUGAAGGUAUUCUGAAGAAGCUCAUGACUCAGAAAUGUAGUCAUAUUUUUAAUGUUCCGGUAGACGUGGAAAAGCUGAACAUUCCAGAUUAUAAUGACAUUAUCAAGCACCCGAUGGACCUUGGGACCAUUAAGAAGAAGCUAGAUUCUGGUUCCUACACAAGGCCAUCUGAUUUUGCAGCUGAUGUCAGGCUGACCUUUAGCAAUGCGAUAACUUACAAUCCUCGAGGGCAUGCAGUGCAUGAUAUGGCCAUUCAACUGAAUAAAAUGUUUGAGUCUAGAUGGAAGACAGUUGAGAAGAAGUUGGCUUCUGCUGCAACGAAGCCACAUGUUGAGGUUGAUAGGGCCGACUCAAAGAGGAGAAAGACCCCUCCUGUUGACCGCAGUGACUUGUCAAUAGAGCGUGUCAGGCCAACUGAGAUUAUGAAGCCGAAGAUGACAUUUGAGGAGAAAGAAUCCUUUGGAAACUGCUUAGCUUCUUUGUCCGAGGAGCCAGAAUUAUUACCUGGUCACAUCAUUGAUUUGUUACAGCAGUGUAUUGACAACAACACAGAUCAGCCUGGGGAUGGAGAGAUAGAGAUUGAUAUCCAUGCACUCAGUGAUGAUAUACUAUUAGAACUGAAGAAGCAUGUCGACAAAUAUUUGCAAGAGAGAGAUAACCAGCAGAAAAAAUCAGAGCCCUCUGAGAAUUGGGCUGUGAACGUUCCUGGCCUCAGUCACUUGUCCACAAAUCCCUGCAAAGGUGGUGAGCCUAUUGAGGAGGAUGUGGACAUUUGCGGCAAUGCAUCCCCUAUAUUGAUAGGGAAGGAUCCUCAGAUCAGAACUAACAAAUGUGGUAGUCCAAGUAGUUCCAGCAGUGACUCGGGAUCUUCAUCCAGCGAUUCUGACUCCGGCAGUGAUACUGAAAGCGAAUCAGAAAAGGUUGGUAGCCCAGCAAAGCUUGCGAAGGUUACUAAAAUACCAGAACAACCUGCAGAGCAAGAAAAGAGUGAUGUUAUUAACCCUGUUGAUGCUAACCACACUGCCGGUGAUGUGGAACUCCGUGAGCAGGACAAUGAGUCCAAGGCUGCACCUGAGGGGGAGAAUGCAAAACUCGACAGGCAAGUCUCCCCGGACAAGCUCUUACGAGCAGCUCUUUUGAGGAGCCGUUAUGCUGAUGUUAUUGUUAAAGCUCGUGGGAUUCUCAGCCAGGGUGAGGGUGGAGAUAAACAGGAGGAGCUGGAGAAACUGCAGAAGGAAGAAAAAGAACGGCUUUUGGCUGAAGGUAAUGCAGCCAUGGAAGCUCGCAGAGCUGAAGCUGAAGCUGAAUCUAAGCGUAAGCGGGACCUUGAGAGGGAAAAGGCUCGUCAGGCCUUGCAGGAGAUGGAGAGAACUGUAGAAAUUAAUGACAGCGUCCAUCCCAAGGACCUAGAAAUGCUUGGUACAAUCACCACGGAACAUAUUGUAAGUUCUGUUGAUGAGACGAGUCCUGAGCAUUCCCAGGAUGGCAUGCCCAGUUUUCUUCCUGGUUCUGGCAGCAUGUUGGAAAAACUUGGACUAUUUAUGAAAGUAGAUGAGGACGAAGAGGAAGAUGAGCCAUGCAGUUUUCCUAGCAGCAAAGAUGUGGAGGAAGUAGAGAUCGACUAA